CUCUCGGUUAGCAUUCGGUUGGGUUUUGUUCAAAUAGACCUUCGUUUUCGCGCAAAAACGGACGCAUUUAAGUCACGACAACAAACAAUUCCAAUGUACAUUUAAACAUAUUAAUCGUGUUUGUGCGUGGACAGGAGGCGGGGCUAUUUUAAAGGGGGGGCGGGGUGCAGCCGUUUUCAUCCGCUGUCUACUUCCGCCAGAGUCACUGCGCACAUCAACAAGAAGAGGACGAACCGAUUCUCGCCAUAGUUGUUUCUAUAAAAACCUGCCACUGUUAUCCGCUUCGUACCAGGAUGAACGUGGGUGUGGCACACAGUGAGGUGAACCCAAACACCCGGGUGAUGAACAGUCGGGGGAUCUGGCUGACCUAUGCCCUCGGCGUCGGCGUUCUUCACAUCGUGCUCCUCAGCAUACCCUUCUUCAGCGUCCCCGUGGUGUGGACGCUGACCAACGUCAUCCACAACUUGGGCAUGUACGUCUUCAUGCACGCGGUGAAAGGCACGCCGUUUGAGACCCCGGAUCAGGGAAAGGCUCGCCUCCUUACUCACUGGGAGCAGCUGGACUACGGCGUGCAGUUCACCUCRUCCAGGAAGUUCUUCACCAUUUCCCCCAUCAUCCUAUACUUCCUCGCCAGUUUCUACACGAAAUACGACACGACCCACUUCGUGAUCAACACGGCCUCGCUCCUGAGCGUCCUGAUCCCCAAGCUGCCGCAGCUGCACGGCGUGAGGAUCCUGGGCAUCAACAAGUAUUGAGUUGUCCUGAGCGCCGUGCUGCCGGUGUGUGAGCGAAACCAGGACAGCCGUCGCCUCGGUGCGUCGGCGUUAGAACAGGAGGCGUUUGUAGAUGCCGUGUGUAUUAAUUACUAACUUAUGUAUUUAAUUGUUUUUGUUUUGGCCUGCGUUGACCUGGGCUGGCCCAGGCUUCAGACAGGCUUUUGGUUCACUUUAAUUCUCUUUAGUUUUUUUUGCUUUAGUCACACGAUMACAGGAAUUGUGAGUAUUGUAGCCUCCAGGAAGCGUUGAAGUAUUUUAUUAUGUUUACUUUGUUUUUUUUUUGUUUUUUGGUCCACUCUCAUUUUGUUUUGGGUGACAGAAUCAGUUGUUUCUGCAGGUUUUCUCUUAACUGAACGAGGACAGAGCAGGCUUCUUUUCAUUGUUCAGCUUUGUUUUUGAUGUUCUGUAGAAAUGAGUGGUUUCCUGCAGGUUUACAGCAUCUCUGUGGAGGGAAACAAACGUAGCCACUCUCUUUUUGCUGUAAUCAGAGGAGCAAGUCCUGRUCUGAUUGGCCAUAGCUGAAAGUGAUCUUUUUUUUGUUUCUAAUCUUUAAUAAAACAUGUCUGCCAGA